AACUAGCUUAUGAAAUAAAUUGAUUGGUGAACUUCGCCUGAAUUAUAACAAAUUCUCCAAAUAUCCCUAAAUUCCGUUAUAGGAAUUGGAAUCAGAAUUAGACAUCAUAAAAUCAGGUAUUUCAAGUCCUCCGAAGGUGAGGUUCAACUUAAAAAAUCUAAACCAUGCAAAAAUUUAGUAUUUUUCUAAAGAUCCUCAAAUUUCGUUCUGUCCUUCUCAUAAAUAGGCUAGCUCUCGAAGACAAGUCAUCUCUUUAGCUUGAUAGAAAUAUUCUGAGGUGUUUUAGUUUACAGUUUCGGUUAGCAUCUCCUAGAGUAAUUCCUGUAACGGAUUGGGCUUAAACAGUCCAAGACUAGCACUAAAUCAUUUAUUUUGGUUGAAUUAAAUCAAGAACUCUAUCAAACAAACUGGAGUAAUUUCGAACUCUAUUCGAUCAUUUUGUAUCCCAAAGGAGCAUGUGCAGCUAAUGUAAAUUGCGAAUCUAGGUUUCAUGGAAGGUAUCACUUUAUUCAAGAUUUUUUCUUUUUUGGCAUAAUACUAAGGCCCUAGAAGGAGAGAUCACUCUUUCUCAGCUGCAAGAAUAAGGUCAACUAUUUGUAGAUAUUUUUCAAUAUUUAUAACAUAAUUUGCCAAAUCUCAAUUCUUCUCAGAUGCUAUUUCUUGAAAUAAUCCAGGUUACCCAGACGGAGAUACCUACAAUUUUUCAUGGAUAUUUUUGUUAUUAAACUGUGAAAUAAGCUAUCGUAUGAGCCAGGACAACUAGGGUUGCUCGAUGGUAGCCAUAGGCACCUAAAGGCACUCUUCGAAACAAUUUUGCACUUUUCAGAGAUGAGAAAAAGGCUAACAUCUUACAAUCAAAAUUUAUCUUCUUCCAUAUUUUAUACAUUAAAUUAUUUUGAAUAAAAUUUUGAGAAAGAACCUUAAGUUGUUGUAAGAAAUUAAAUUUUUGAAGAUUCCUCACAAUUGAGAAUCGGCAAUACAUUACUCUAAGACUGGAUAAAGAUGAUUUAUAAUGUACUAGAGCCAAUCAUCAAGGUAAGGCGUCACCAUUUCCGCUUACCAUAUCAACUAGUCUUUUAAAUUUAUCUCCUACAAUUAGUUACAAUAAUCUAAAAAUGGUGGCCGAUAGGAGGAUUAAGAGAGCUUAUUAGCUAAGUUCUGAACUAAAUUUAGCCAAAAUAAGUCUAGCUUAUCUCUCUAAUUCCUGUGAAAAAUUUGCCUUGUGAUGGUAGUGAUGUGACAAAUUAUUAACUGGUGUUAUAUAAACCGUAUUGAUGAAAAGAAGAUGUCGGCUUUUUUGAAUCAUUGAUUUCAAAUUUAGAGAGGAAAAAAAGUUCAUACAAAAGCCAGAAUUUUUUCUCAUAAAUACUCUUCUAUAUGUGUAAUUUAUUAUCGAGCGGUGAGAAAGAGGAGACUAGGGCCUAGUCAGACACUAAUCACCAUAAAACGGUCUUACUUUUAGUACUUUUUCCAAUAAGUUCAGGCACAUCCUCAGCUAACAAUGUUAAAGUAUAUGUACUAGUAAUCUAAAAGGAUACAAUUCUAGAAGAAAAUCUUGGUGGACCCAGAAUAUCUAUAUAAGUUUGUGUAACAAGAUGUUAAUAAUUAAUUUUUAUGAAUUACCAAAAUUUCCCAGUUGUCUCACAAAACGACAAUACCCUACUCUGGGGCUAUGCCGAACUCACCAACCAACUUGCAGAGACCUUCUGAAUGUGCCCACCAGUAGCAGAUAUAACCCCAAGUCUCAAUAAGUAUUGAGAUUUCCAAACACUGAAGAGCUGUGCAUAUCUAAGUAGCCCGAAGAUUCUUUGAGAUACAGAUUCUUCAAUGCAGAAGGAGCUAACAGACCUAUUUAUAUACAAAAAGCAGCAAACACCCCAAAUGACAAGAGUAUCGGAAAGCAUCUCUUUCCCCAAAACGAAUAUGUUUAAAAAUGAAGGACUCACAGACACUUCAGAAAAAGCAGAGGUUAUUAAAAAGAGAAGGAGACGUUCCUCAAGACUGGAGAUCAGAUCCAAAUUAAUCGAAGUCAGAGAUCAAAUCCUCCAGCAAGGCAUCCCUAUGUUCUACAAUUCACCUAAAAAGACGAGAGGAAGUCCUGUUAGUAAUAGUAGAAGAUCCAAGUACAUUGGAAUCUCCAAGAACAACACUCAUUGGCAAGCUUUGAUCAAUAUUGGAAGGACCAAGAAGUACAUUGAUAUCUUCGUGUCUGAGCAAGAGGCUGCCAGGACUUAUGAUGUUUACGCAAUAGCCAUUAAAGGAGUUGACGCUAAUCUCAACUUCAACUACACAGCUGCAGAGAUGAUUAGCAUGAUCGACCACUAUCUCCAACACGGAUCAGCAGUUGUCCCUUCAUAAGAUAACUUA